CAGAUCUGACGCUGAUUCGGUGAUAUUCGCUUCAAUUCUGAAGGUCCUCAUUUAUCACGGACUACUUCCAAGGUCCUCAAGGAUAUAGGCAAAUGGAGUCGUUUGUGUAAAAAACCAUCCUGUACAGCUAUAGAUGAGGGUAUAAGUAUGACCUCGAAUCUUCCUCGCUACUUCGAGGGUUUUAUCGUCAACUAAAAUUAUCUUGAUAUAUCUUCAAUCCUAAUCGAUACGCCCAACCCCAAUAGCAGACAUGCGUUUCUCUAUCGCCGUUGUUGUUGGCGCGCUCGCCAUUGGCUCUGCAGCCACUGAUGCGUUCAUCAAUGCCUUCACCGAGUCUGGAUGCACUGGUGGUGAGAACAGCAUUGGUGUUGCUGCCGGCGAGUGCGUUUCAGUCUCCGGAGCCUCCGCCAACCAAGACAAGUCCCAGAACGGAAUCAAAUUUACCUGUGAUGGAUACACAGACUCCGCAUGCACUGACAAGGUUGGCGAGGUCUACGACUGCCUGAGCGGCAACGUCGCCUACGUUAACUGUGUCGCCAACCCUGCCCUGUGAUGGAGAGCAUGAGGGCUACUAAGGAUGCCCUGAUGUUCUAUCUACAUAGCCACAGGGACCGUUUUCUUUUUGUUUCUUUUUUCUUUUCUAUGAAUCAAAGGCUCUGUGUUUGAUUUAGCAUUUAAUACUGCUGGUAUAUAGCACACUGUCUUUACCAACCAAUAUCUAUUUUCAAAAGUAUUC